CCACUUCUCCACAUACGCAUUUCACAAGGGGUGCAACAUGGCCGACACUCCUCCGAAGGAUGAGGCGCCUGAGACUCGGCAGGUGGAUGGUGAGCAGCAGAAUGGUGGGCCAGCGGCUUCGGUCAAGUUGGACGACGACGACCUGGCGCUGUUGGCGUCGGUGGAGCAGCAGAGCCGGACGGACAUCCUCCGGAGCCAAGCGAUCACAGCUCCGAAAAAGGCCAAGAAGAAGAAGAAGAAGAAGAAGAAGGAGAAGGAGUCCGAGUCUGGAGAAGACGCAGACGUUGUCUUUGACCACAAGCAAAUCACCGACGAAGAGCGCGAGCUGCUGGAGAUGCUGGGCUAGACUGGUAGCCGCGCUCUCCUCCAGCCACGAUCACGACACGACCGUCAUUGGGUUUGGGGCCUUGCAUGUAAUGAACUCUCUGAUCCACCCAA